AUGCAGCUGUGCGAUGACAGCGAAACGAUAACAGACAACCGUGAAUACGAGGACGCUCAAAUACCAGCGAAGCUCAGCAUGGUUACACUAGUAGAGGCAUCUCGAAGCCUCGAGGAAUUGCAUGCGUGUGAAUCGUCAUUCGCCACUGUCAGAGCAGCAGAAGCAAGAGGCAUGCACCUGAAAUCAGAUAAAGCAGUGCAAACAAGCAAUACAGUGGACGUGAUCAAAAUGGACCACCCCUACUCUAAAACAGGUGUGAAAAUGGCAACGGUGGAGACUCAGACUGUAAUGUGUUCAGUGCCAGCUUCCCAUGGGCUCACUGAGGAAGACAACAGAUUCUACACUGGUAUUAGUUUGGAAGCCUUCACUAACCUCGUAGCUGUGGUGAGCUCCUUAAGCCACCCACCUUGCUGCAUGUCAAUUGCAGACCAGGUCCUCCUAACGCUUAUGAGGUUACGUCUCGGCCUACUUUACGGAGACCUGGCAAGACGACUUAAAGUUUCCACGUCACAGAGUGGCAAGAUAUUCCGCUACAUGACUGGAGUCCUGGCAGAUGUACUCGGUAAAGUCAUCGUUUGGCUACCGAAGCAAACUAUCCGGGCCAACAUGCCGGCACAAUUUAUCGAAGGGGGAUACGAGGGCACUACAUGUAUCAUCGACUGCAGCGAAGUGCAGAUGCAGCGACCACGGGUGCUGUACUCAAGUGGGCAGACGUACAGCCAUUAUAAAAGCUCGAACACUGUGAAGUUCCUCAUUGCGGUUGCACCUGAUGGCUUCAUAAUGUUUAUUUCCGGUGCAUACGGUGGCCGUGCGUCAGACAAGUUUAUUGUAGAGGAUUCACACUUCUGUGCGUACUUGUCACCGUACGACGAGAUUAUGGCAGACCGUGGCUUCGGUCUAACAGAAGACAUGAAAGUCAAGCGUGUGAAGCUAAAUGUUCCUGCAUUCUGGUCACGAAGAAUAUCAACAUUGAGAAUUCAUGUCGAACGAGCGAUCAAUCGGAUCAAGACCUACCGGAUAUUCAAACAGCCCUUGCCCAUACAUCACAAAAAGUUGAUGAACAAUAUCCUUCUGGCAUGUGCAGGGCUAUGUAACCUCAAGAGGCCCCUAAUUGCAGAGCAGCAUGUGCCUGUGGACGAGGAGGAUGAAGAAUGUGAUGAUGAACCUGUGGACGAAUGUUAUGCAGAAAUAGUUGGACAGUACUAA